AUGACUGAAAAUUGUGAUCCUCUAGAUUUAUUAUUAGCGGCUUUUGAGGAAGUAGAACAAGCAGAUAAAUCAACAAAAACGUUAAAAGAAACUAACCUUUUCGAACAAGAAAGUAAUAUACCAACAGUUCCAUUCAAUUCAAACCCAACGAAAGCUUUAAUAAACUCAGGAGACACAGAUUCUUCUGACGAGGAAGACAACAGGCAUUGGCAAGAAAGGAAAUAUUCAGAAAAUGGUAGAGACAUUAAAAGAUUGUUGGACACACCAAAUUCUUCUAGUACUAAAAUUGGAUCGAUAGGAACUGAUGCUAAAAGGGUUUCUCAUCUAUCUUCGUGGAAAGAUCCCCCAAAAUUGACUACAAAUAAUACAAAGCUCAAUCCUAAGAAACCUCUUGUAAAACCACCCGAUCUAGGAGUCAAAAAUGAUGUUUAUACUGAUCCUAUAUUCGGUUUACGUAUUAUCAACCCUCUAAUAUCAUCCACAGCUUUACAAGAACGUAUGAUGGGCCGACAAGCCGUGAAUUUCAUGGGACUAUCUAGAUUCUUACAAAUCAAAACCAAAGAUAAAGACUGGGUAAUAGCUGGAGUUAUCGUUAAUAAAACUGCUCAAAAAACUUCGCAGAAGGGCAACAAGUUCAGUUUGUGGACUUUGAGCGAUUUGAAGAAUGAAAUUAAGACUGUUACUUUAUUUUUGUUUGCCGGGGCUAAUGAUCAAUUGUGGAAAACUGCUCUCGGAACCGUAGUGGGGGUGUUGAAUCCGGAUGUUUUGGAAAAACGUAAUGAUAAUAAUGAGGCAACUUUGAGCGUCAACAACGUCCAAAAAGUGAUGAUUUUCGGCCAAUCCAAGGAUUUCGGCAUAUGCAAAAGCAUAAAAAAGAAUGGAGACAAAUGCACAGCAGUUGUAAACGUCAACAUAUGCGAAUAUUGCAUCUACCACAUCAAGCAGGAGUACCAAAAGUGCAGUAUAAGAUCAGAUUUGCAAUCCACGUUCGGAGGUAGAGGACUCACAGCUUUGAGAAACAAAGUUUUAGGAAAAAACGAGGUUUUUUACGCAGGGAAAUCUUACAUGGCCAUACCAACGAAACGAAGCAAGAAAUCGGUACAGAAAGACAACAAUAGAUUGGAUGCUUUAUCUGGCAAAGCAACUAUGAUGCCGAAAAAGAAAUCUAAUGGAAUUAAAAAGAAAUCUGCAUCUAGAUUGGAAGUACCUUAUGCCCAACGUGUUAAAGAUCUUCAAUUGUUAGAAAAAUUGACUGGGACUUCAUAUUUAACCCAAAAAACUCAUUUUGAAGGUAAACAGUCUUCAGAAAUCACUUUAGAAGACGCCAAAAGUUUAGCUACGUCAGUUUUAAGUAAACUCAAAGCUAAGCAACAAAAUUUGCCAACAGAAUCGUCUGAAAGAACCAAAUCCAUAUCCCCAAAAAGUUCUUUUAACCCAGAUGCAACAACCUCAAACUAUUUGAACCUUCCAGGAACAUCUGCUGGCUCUUCUAAAUCAGACAUACAAGCAUCUAAAAAGUCCCCAGGAACAUCUAGUUCUUUUAAACCAGAUGCAUUUGCAUCAAACGAUCUAAAUGUUCCAGGAACAUCUAGUGGAUCUUCUAAACCAAGCCCAGCAGCAUCCAAAACCACCAAAUCCCCAAUAACAUCUACUGAUUCUUUUGAACUAGAUGCAACAGCAUCAAACUGUUUAAAUUCUGCAGGUACUUUUAAACCAGAUACACCAGCAUCCAAAGUCACAGAUAACAUUUUAAAGUCUCCAGGAACAUCUACAAAUUUAAAUCCUCCAGGAAGAUCUAGUGGUUCUUCUAAAUCAGAAACAACAAUAUCCAAGGUCACAGACAAAAUUUUAAAGUCUCCGGGAAUAUCUAAAGUAGAUUCAACUACAUCAAACUGUUUAAAUCCUUCAGGAAGAUCUAGUGGAUCUUCUAAACCAAACACAGCAGCAUCCAAGGCCGCAGGCAACAUUUUAAAAUCCCCAGAAACAUCUACGAGUUCUUUUAAACUAGAUUCAACUGCAUCAAACUAUUUAGACCUUCCAGGAAGGUCUAAUGCAUCUUUUAAACCAAAUAUAACACCAUCCAAAGCCACAAAGUCCUCAAGAACAUCUAUGGGUUCUUUUAAACUAGAUUCAACAGCAUCAAACUGUUUAAGCCCUUCAGGAAGGUCUAGUGGCUCUUCUAAACCAGAUACACCAUCACCUAAAGCCACAGGCAACAUUUUAACUUCUCCUGGAGCAUCUAGGGAUUCUUUUAAACUAGAUGGAAUAUCUGAUUUUCUUAAAGCAAAUACAAUGGCAGGCAGCAGUUUAAAUCGCGAAGGGCCUUUUAGCAGUCAAAAAUAUGGGUUUCCAAAGCUAUCAGGCUUCGAUUCCGGUCUAGUUGACCUCAACAAGUCCAUAACACCAACCAGAAGAGACAGAGCGAAACUGAACGCCAUCAAGAUGAUCCAAAAAGUUGGACCAAUCAAAAAAUCGGAUCCGAACAGUGUAAAGGGCUCUGGGAAUGUCAAGAAAAGACAGAUUGGUGCUGAAGCUGAUUCGGAAGCUAAACGAUUCAAAGCUAUGCCGACUGAAUUCACUUCAGAGCGUUUCAAGAAGCUAAUGGCCGCCGUGUCCAGCCAUCAAGAUCUGAUUGAGGCUAGAGAAGACGAAGAGCAGGAAAAGUACUUUAAGAAGUUGGAGAUCAAAGAAAACAUGGAAGAGAAGAUGAUUGGUACACACAAGUUAGCUUGCAAAGCGGUCAGAUGUUUGCAGUGCAAGUACGUCAGUUUCUCUGCUUCGGAUCAUUGUAAAUCUGAGCGACAUCCGUUGAAAGUUUUCGACGCUAUGAAACGGUUCUUUAAGUGUGGUAACUGUCAGAAGAGAACGGUUUGUUUGGACGUGGUUCCUCUGACGUCUUGCAGUAACUGCGGCCAAUCCAAGUGGGAGAAGACUGGGAUGAUGAAGGAAAAAUUAGCGCCGACUCACAGUCUGUCCAUCCGAGGUGGAGAACAAAAACAUUUGAAUUGUAUUGUAACCAACGCGAGUUUGGAUUUAUUAGUACCCGACUAA